CCAAAGAAUUUUUUUUUUUUCAAUUAUUAGAGUAUGCUGAUGGGUUAGCUAUCCAUGUUAUGUUGAAAUACAUGCCACAUAGAAAAAGUUUUAUCAAUGAUUUUCUUAUUUGUUAAUAAAACUUUAUUUAAUAUUUAAAAAUAAUGGAAUGUAAACUUGCGAGAAUAAUCUUUAUGUAGAUUAGUUUAUAAAUAAUGGACAUAGAAGCUUAAAAUCACUUUUUUUCAAAAGAUUUUGCAUAAAUGAAAGAAAAUGCAAAAGUGUGGAAAAUAUUGGAAAAUUGGGAAGCAACGGCAGGGGGGAGUAGCCAAUGAGUGCAUUGGGGUGCAUUCUUUUAAUAAAAAUUUUUUUUUCGCUCUGCAAUUUCGCCCUGUAAUACCAAUCAAAAUUUUAUAAGAAAAAGCUGUUUCUUGUAGUGGCAGUACUAGCACAUGACAUGGCGAAAUUGCAGAGCGAAAAAAAAUUUAUUCGCUAUUAGAUAUUCGAUAUACCGAGUACUUUUCAACCCCAUAUAUCGAAUAACCGAUAUUCGAAAAAAAAAAAAUAUCUGCUAUCAUACCUACCCAACACUGCCUAUACCAAAUACUUUUUAAAAGUAUCGCACAUCCCUACUUUACGUCUUCACUUACUUAAUUUACUUGUCCGGAUGUUGAAAAGAAGGGCGAUCGUAACUGGAAUGCGAGUGGGAAUUAACAUCACAAUUCACACAUGCUGCAGCGUAUCCAUGUGUUCCAAAGUUCCAACAACAGUUUUCGAACUAAUCUGUCCGCUUUACUUUGUAUGUAGUCAGUAUUGUCUACUGUCUCUUAUUAAAAAACAUUUUGUCAUAAAUGAAUCUCUUUCUAAAAAUAUUGUGUUGAAGGAUAAGCAAGUGAUUUGAUUGGAUUAAAGUGAAGGACAUAAAACUUGCAUCAGACAUAAAUCAUUAAUAUAGUUAAAAUGAGACAAAAAAAAAUAUUUUACAUGUGGUGGAUAUUAUUAUUGUUAAUAUUCAACAAAUAUUGCGUUUCCAGUAGAAAUGCAACUCAUGGAAUAUGUGCGAUGAUAGGUUGUGAUUGUCGUAUAAUUUCUAAUCAAUGGAUUAACGUUGAAUGUAUUUUUUUAGACUAUCAGGAGGUUGAUCUACAUAAAGGAUCGAUUCCUGAGGAGGCUUCUAUGAUUUCUUUAUCACGUUGUCGAAAGUUAAGAAUCCACGCUGGUGCUUUCACAGAUAAAGAACAACCGGAACGUGGCCUGGUCACCAGCGUUCUCACACAUCUCGAUCGAGAGAAAAUUUUUCAAAAUAUUAGUUAUCCGAACUCUUUUAUUGAAGUAUCAGAGUGUCAUUUUCUCGUACUGGAGUCGAAUGCAUUCAAGAAUGUACGAGGACCAUUAUCUAUUUCUAUAACUCGAUGCCAAUUUGUAGAUAUAAAGAAACAUGCAUUUUCAUGGCUAUCGCAGUUUAUGGUGACUGAAGUACAGUCGUUAGGAUUGUCGAGCAAUGCAUUUAAAUUUGAUGUUUUAUCUAAUAGACGCCAUGGUCCAUCGACCAAGAUUCGAUUUCAAAGUGCAGAAAUUGCUGAAAUUCCAAGUUUAGCUUUUCCUUCGGCAGUAUCAGAAAUUUGGAUGAAUAAUGUCACCGUAGGUGUGAUUCACAAAGAUGCGUUUUGUGCAGUUAUGAUUUCAAACUUAAAAUUCAGUAAUGGAUCAAUUUUCGAAAUCCAGUCAGGCGCAUUCAGCGAACAAACUCUUAUUCGAAAUUUUGAGAUUGUCAAUACUCGAUUAAGAAAAAUAAAGAUGGGUGCAUUUCGAGCAGCGGCUACAAAUUUUUCGAUUUUUCAUUCCCGAUUUGAUGAAAUUGAAACUGCAGCAAUUGAGGUCUCAGCAGCAACAAUACUGUUCAAUUUCAACGAAUUUCACAGUCUUCAAAAGCACGCCAUGGUUUUCAAAGAGUGGACUCAUAUUUCUGUUGAUUACAAUUUUUUCUUCAAUUUGGGCAAGGAUGCUAUUAUGGCCGAUGAGGUAGCAAAAACAACGAAAGAGAAUCCCAACGUGGAGUUCACACUAAUCGGAAAUCGUAUCAACAAAGCAGUAGACCGCUCGCUCAAAUUUGCUACAGUUAGUGAAAAAGCCAAUAUUGCUAAAGUAGAAUACAAUUGCUUUGACCACCUUUGCGAUUGUUCCAUGAUCGAUUGGAUACAAAAAAUAACAGGCAAAAAUACUUCAGUUAAUUGGAUGAUGAAAUCGAGUCUGUGCGUUGCCGGAGAAUGGGUUGAAAAAUGUUUUAAACGAUCACAAGGAUAUUUUUCAAUGCAGACAUUUACUGAACAAUUUUGCAAAGCUAACACUGGUACAACUUGUAACCAACCAGAUACAUAUUGCGAACAAAAACUAGCUUCUCCGACCAAUAAUCCUUGUAUUCAUUCAGCACAAAAUGACACUUUUGACGUUGAUACGAAUAACUUCUUGAAGUUAGACCCUACGAAUAUCUUAAUUUCUAUUCUCUGUAUUUCAAUCAUUCUUUUGAUCACUGUCAGUAUCCUAAUAUUCAGUGCUUUAUAUAUGAAACGACGCGAAAAAUUGAUAAAAUUAUCCACCGCUCAUAAUUUGAAUGCCAUACAUUCUGUGACCGAUAAAAUGAAAAGAGAAUCAUUGGUACUUUCAACAUUAGAGUUGAGCGUAAAUCAUUUCAACGGAUCACUGUCUCAUGAGAAUGUCGAAAUAGAAAACGAUCCGAAUGAAUAUUUGUCUCAUACUGAAAACAAAGCAAGUCAGACAUUGCCAGAAGAGUUGACUGAAGAGUAUUUGAAAGAUUUGAAGAAUCAACUUAAUGAUCCAGAGUGCUACAGUCAUGCCCGAAAUAUAGUUGAACAUCUUUAUGAUAUAAUAAAAGUUGAAGAAAAUUGUAACAAUAACAAUGAAAAAAAACUUCCAAACCAUGAAGAUAAUAUGUAUGAAACAAUCAUACCAAGAAGAAAGCAAUUAAACAUGCAGAAGAAAAUGUUAAAUGUUGGGACAAAAGUUCCUUCUCUAGAAAAGCUCAGCAAUGAAAUCUCGCCGUUAGUAUUACGUGAUUAUGCACAGCCGACAGAUCAUCAAAGUGCGGAAAAUAAUUAUGUCUACAAAGAGUUGCCAGAUGUUAUUGGUGGUUACGUGAAACGUCCCAUGGAAGAAUAUACCAGUGAAGUUUUGGCAAGACCGGGACUUCUAGAUUUUUUCAAUGCUUCUAGCUUGAAUUUUUUGGAUUUGAAUACGGAUAUAUCUACUCGAUCUGCAGAUCACUUUAGAGAUUCUGGUGAUACAACGACUCAUAUUUAUUCUGAAGUUCUCGAAUCAAAUGUAUCAAACUUAUUUACGAGUACGGUAGAUAGAUCGUUGCCCGGUUAGCCCAAUCAAACCUGUUUCAAUUUCAUGAACUCAUAAUUGGGUUGUUAACAUGAGUUGAAUUAAAUUUUCGAAAUCUGUGAUAAAAGAAGACAUGUUUUAAAUCUGAUAAUGGAAAUCUAUCAUUUGGUGGAAUUCACUACACGGAAAAAAAAAAUCACAAAAAUUGUGAUAGCACGACAAACUAGAGGCAAAAUCCUAUCCUGUCACUUUUUGUUGUGCUGCAACAAAUUUUAUUGUAUCGUUGAACAAAUUUUAUUUAGCUGCACAACAAUUUUCGCCAUAUUUGUUGUGUUGCUCAAUAAUAUUUGUUCGGCUGCUCAAUUAUGUGUCUAUCAAAUAUAAUUAAUUUUAGUGUUUGAUAUCAAUUUCUGUAAAAAUGUUUGAAUUUUCCAAUUAGAUAAAAAAAAAAUUUUUAUAAAAAUUUUAUAAAUAUAAAUAAUAAAGUCCGACUACUGGGGUCCUUUAAUUUCAUCAAGUUUUAUCUGGGACCAGUAUCCGGACACUAAUAACAACUAGUACAAUAACUGACAACAUUUUUUUGCCUGUCUAGAAACUGGUACCUACGUGUGCAACAACUGGUUCUCAUAUAUUUUAGAUGUCCGAUACUGGGGAAAUUGAAAAAUUUUUUAAUUAUAAUUAAAUUUUCAUUGAAUUUAUUAUUUAUACGAGUUUUUUUUUUUUAAAUAAAAGCUAUUAUUAUAAAGAAUUUAAAAAUAA